CCCAACAAAAACUAAAAUAGCUAUAAUAUAAUAAAAACACAUCUCUUUCACCAAAUAUUCUAAAUAAUACAUCUCAUAAUUUUGUAUUGCAGUAAUAUCUGAUCAAAUGCGCAUUAUUGUUAUUCUUUAGCUUGGGUCAAACUAAUUAGUUUCCCUUGGUUGGAACAACAGCUACGCUCAUUUUUCUCUAUUUCCAGGAUCUUCAUCCCGUGGUAACUAGGAUUUACACAAGCUCCAGUCUGGAUCCAAAACACCUGAGAAGAGAUGAUGCUGACCCUCAGAGGACCUCAGAUGAUGCUGACCCUGAAUCAACAACAGAACUAACAAUUAUUGCUACAAGUGUGACUGCAUCAUAUAAUAACUGCUGUUUAUAAUGUUCGUCGUCUGUUUGAUUACAUGUCAUUAACUGCAUGAAUUUUACAGUAUUUCUACUAUCUGUACAUCAGGUUAGUCACCGCUGAUAAGCUACUUCUAAAUAUAACAGAAACUUUAAUUUUCUGUAAAGCUACUUACUAAUAAAGUGAGGCAGAACAGUAGCUCUGGUUUUUACUGAUGUGGAAGUAUGUGCUUAUUUCUUUUAACCAAAUGUUUCUGUGGCAUCAAAACUUGCAGAACAAACUCAGGAGCUCUGGGAGCUAGCCAUGCUCAGUUUUCUAGAUGAAUGCAUUAUUUAGUUAAACAAACGACUGGUAAAUAUAAUACACAAACAGUGCAGGUUAAAUGCAUGAUGUGCUAGGAUCAGGUCGCUCAUCGAGGACGGAAACCUUGAACAAGAAUCCCAUCAAUGAAAAUGUUGUACGUUUGUGUGUCUACAAGCUUAAAUUGUGUUCAAAAAGAAAAUCUGAAUGAAAUCUGAAAGAGUGUAAUGACCUGUGAGUGAAGCAGACACACUGGAACCUGAGGUCUUGGAGUGAGCUGAAAUGAACACGUGUUUGUUAUGAGAGUGGAGGUGAAGCUCGUCUGGGCUCAGAGCCAGAAAUGUGUGUAUUUGCAAGAUGUUACAGAAGAUUUACUCAUUUGUUCCUUGCAUCACCUGUUUACGUGAAGCUCUGCUCGCAGCCCGCAGUUACAUCACAAAACCUGGAUUUCUUUUCUUCAGCCAAUAAAAGACUAGUUCUAUUUGUUGACCCAAAAGAUCUGCCACAAUUGGUGGUGUCCAAGCGUCCCACCUCUGUGUCCCGCGGGAGAGACACCAAACUAAGGACACGUCUGAGUUGGGAGAUGGUCAGACCGACUCUGAGGAUCGAAGCAGGACGCCUCUGUGUUCAGAAAGCAGUGGCUCAUCUCAUCACCAUGUCAAACACCUCGUCUCUGAGCCUGAACUCCAGCGUCUCUGGGUGGCGCCGUCCGCUCUGGUACCAGUAUGAAGUGUGUGCGGACGCUCCUCAUUGGUUCAUCUUCUACUUUGGAGUCAAAGUAUUGAACCUGGUUGCAGGAUUCCCAAUGAACGCGCUCGUGUUGUGGCAGAUUCUGAGGAAGAAGAGUGAAGGCUCGACGUCAGACGUCUUUAUCCUAAACCUCUCCAUCCUCGACGCCUACUUCGGCCUCAUGACGCCGGUGGACAUGGCCAACCGUCUGUACUUCAACGAUGCAUCCGUCUGGUACUCCCAGCGUUUCGCUUACGGACUCAAAGACGUGACUCCGUUGUUUCUCACCUGUAUUUGUCUGGACAGGUACAUCGCUGUGGUCCAUCCCAUCCUCUUCACAGGGAUCCGUGACACUCGCUUCCGGAUCGGCGUCUCGCUGCUGGUGUGGGGACUCGUCCUGGCCUACUCUCUGACCAAAUGCAUUUUAGGCGUCAUGAGCGUGAACGAGGUCUUCAGCGGAGUCAUCCUCUCGGCCUUCUUCAUCAUGAUGUUCUGCAACCUCUCCAUCAUCUGGGUCCUCAGGAAGAGCGUCGCAGGGAAAGAAGUCAUGAACCCGGUGAAGAAGAAGGCCUUUAAAAUGGUGAUCAUCGUCCUCGCCAUCAUCGUUGGGAACUAUCUGCCUCCCGUGGCUCUGAUGCCGUUUGCCUCCACCUUCUCGUUCAAGAAGCUGCAUUGUAAGGUUCUUCUUGGUGUCUUCUCCAUCAUGGACCUGAGCUGCACCAUCGAGCCCCUGCUCUACAUCUCUAAGAUGGACCGAUCCACGUUCUGUCGAUGCCUGCAGAGUCCUUCCAAGAAACCCAUCACCGUGAGGGUCUGAAAUUAAAAACUGACUGAUUUUAGAGUGAUUUUAUAUGAUUGUAGACCUUUGGGUUGUCAUUGUAUCUUUCUAAUCCAGUGGCUCUCAACUGGCGUCAUUAACAAAACUACAUAACAUUCACUCUUAAAGUCAUGUAAAUAACUGUUCAUCUUACUGAGCCUGAUCAGGGUCUGCUUAUUACAUUAAUGCAUUUAAUGUUUAAUAAGUAAAUUUUAGCACCGUGUGCAUGAUGCUUGGUGUAGGGUUGGAAUACUGCUCUUAUUUUAACGGAUUUAACGAAGCGCUGGUGGUCAGUGUGUUGACUGUGUGAAACUGUGCUGGAUGCUGUGUUUUCUGUGUGUGGUGUUUCUCCAGACGUCUCCUGUUUAACUCUUCGUGACUCUCUUCUGAUUGAUCUUCAGACUCUGGGAAGAUCUGAACUUUACCUUCUCCUCCUCACUGCUGUGUUUGUGUCAGAUAACCUGAUUCCUUUACUUCUCACAGAUUAGACGCCAGCUUUACAGAUGCAUAAUUAAGAAUAUUAACGAGUCACUAAUUAAGACGUUAAUAUAAAUGCCUGGGGAUUAAUUAAGAACAGACUGAGGUGACGCAGAUGGUACGAGCUUGUAAUUGUGUAACUAGAUGAUGCUACGAGAUUAAUUAAGAUGAAAAACAUUUACAGUAGAUGCUCUCGAGCGCUUGUGUUGUCUCUGACCUCGGACUACUAGAAAUGGUUUAAUAACCCGAGCGUAAUAGAGAAGACAAGAACAGUUGCUGUAUGUUUAAUGCAUAAAGGAACUCCAAAAAUGAUAAACUUACUUGUCUGUGUUCACUUAUUCUUCCAUCCUGAAUUACAGCAGCCACAUGUGUAUAAACUCAUAAAUGUCAAAAUAACAGAAGAGGGAUAUUUAUCUUGAGACAGCACACAGUUUUGAUAUGACAUAUACAGAUCUACAGAUGAGCAUGUGAACAAACCUGAAAAAGUCCCAAAACUCCACAGCUUUACGUGAGAUGAGCACUAAUUAUAUAAACGAGCACAUCUUCAGAGACAAAUAUCCAUUCAUUCUCAAACUCCACUGGUGCUGUGUGUUUAGAAAAUGAACAUGAAAGGAAAAGUGUCAAAUGCAUGAAAGUUGUAUUAUAUAUGUUCGUCAUCAGUACGAGAAACAAUAAAGGCUUUACUAAACUCCCAUGCAUUAAAACAUCUGAAUGAGUGAAAUUAACUUAAAAUGCCCAAAGGCGAACUAUAGAGUCCUAACACAAACAGAAUCUGAUGUUGUCCUGUACAGGUAGAC